GAAGACCUUCCAGGGACGGGCCUCCUCCUUCUGCUGGAGGGACCAUGGCAACGAACGGAGGAGCGGGGACCUUCUUAUCUGUCUUCCUGCUGUGCUGCUGGCCAGAUGUGCAGCCCUGGCCGAUUAGAGAGUUUUCAGGUAGAGUCCCCAGGAGACUGGCAGAUAGAAAACCAUAGGCAUGAACCAGGCAGGUUCACGUUCUAAACAACUGCCAAGAUUUAACACUCUGGAUGAAGACAUAGCCACAGUGUUUGAUGAAAUUCUAGUCCGGGAGAUUUUGGAGCCAAAGAAACUAUCGUAUUUGGAAAAUCCAAGCCCAUCAACAAUCUCACGAUCAAAAACAACGAAGGAUAAAAUCCACAAGAAAGAAUCCAGCACUCCUAAGAAACAUCAAGAGAAGCAAUUAUCUUCUGGGAUCAUAGAUACCCUUUCCUUUGAUGAUGGAGAGAAAGAAACACUUUUUCAGAUGAAAAGCCUUGAAGCUCUGGAGAAUAUCAUUGACACUAUUCGAAGAGCUAUUGGAACUCAUCUCAAGAAUAACCGGAAGUUUCGGAAAAGCAGGAGAACCAGACAACUCCUGGGGAAACUAAUCUAGCCCUAAGUACCAAGACUGGCAGAGGGGCAAGCCGCUGACCGACCCGGGGACAGAACAGAGUGGGGGCAGCCACCACCCCGUGUGAAGAACUGCACCCAAGGAGCACCAAAUGAAACUCGCAUAUUUAAAUAUUAAGAUAUCAGAAGUGGCUUUUUAAUUUUUUAUUGUAUUUUUUAAUUAUUCAAAAACGGAAGAGAUGACAGAAGUCGGAGGGCGUGGAGUGGGGGUGGAAACCUAGUGUGGUGGACACUGUGACCCUGUCUGAACACAGGAUUUGGGGUGACCGGGAUCUAUGUUCCUGGGCUGCGGUCACUCAUAUUUGGUUCCAGAAUAAACUCUCCUAUGCCCUCUGAAGUGAGCGAGACCUGGGAGUUUGUCACUGU